CCCUCUCCGCAACUGUCAUCGAUUUGUCAACCGGGUCCCGUCGUGUUGCGUGAAAAUGGUGGAGUCAGGUGCGGUUGCCUCUCGGAUUCUUCGAAUAUCGCCCAAAAUUGACGAUCUUCUGCCGAACAAGCAACUCAAUUGCCCAGAACCCAACUGCUCCAGCAUAUUCUCCAAUACGGGAAAUCUCCAAAUGCAUCUUGAACGUCAUCAUCGUCGAAAACCGAUGAAAGGAGACUCAGCCAACGUCGAGGGAAUCCCCGAGAAUUCGACGCUCACUAAAUGGUACUUCUGCCCCGUGGAAAACUGUCCGUACUUCGACGUGGGCAAAGUUGCUAACAAACACUUCACUUGCUUGAAAUAUGUUCGCCAACACUACCAGAAAGUGCAUGCAGUGAAAAUGUUCCAGUGCGAAAUGUGUGGAAAGACAUUCGGUACGGAGGGGAUGAGGGUUCGCCACCAGCUGGAUUGUGGACGAGUCUAUGAAUGUGAUGAGUGCGGCUGGGCGUACAACACUCGCGAGACUCUGCUGACGCAUGCCAAACGAAAGGGGCAUGUCAUUGACUCCAACAAAUUCAAGACAGCACCGGCGACGAAGCAACCGCCACCGUCUGCCAACGACACCGUGAUUAUAGGGACCCAAACGACUACUCCGAUCCAGAUUCUCGUCAAGUUGUCAACGCAGACUCAGGAUCAAGGAAUUCAGACGGAUCCAGUGGAAAUCAAGCAGCAGCCGAAGCGAAAGCGCGGGUCGAAUACAUCAAGGGUUGGCAACAAGUCAUCAAAGAAGCAGAAAAACACCGCGACAGAGACAACUGUUUGCCAGGAGGACUCCCCGAAAAUGCACCCCGCACUGUCAGUGGACUCUCCUCCUGAAAACAACCUCAACCGCCUGAAUUUCGUCGAAGACGCCGACGUGGAAGACAGCAUCAGCACGUGCCUGGAGCAACUGGUCAACUCGUCCGGGGGCCUGUGCGACAUCGAAACGCAAACAGAAAAGUUCUCAACAAACAUCCUCGACCAAAUGCUCUAUUCGCACAUGCACACGCAGACCUGUGACGAGUUCUUGUCCGAACUGGGACUUUCUGACAUUCAAACGCAGACCAACUUGCCCGACGAUAAGGACGGAUUGGGGGAGUCGUCUGACCAGAACGCCUACGGCAUCACCACGUCCGGACCGCAUGACGAGAUGCUGGUGUCGACCGAGACGCAAACGAGCUUCACGCAGUGCCUUCUGGAGUACAAUGAGGCCGGGACGAACAGCAACGGCAUCACGCAACAUACGCAAACCUGCGAGACGCUUCUCGAGGGGCUUUUCGGCGGACAGGACAAUGAUUUCAUUGGGAAUUUCCAAUCGACUUACACGCAAACAUGAUGGUACGAUGAAUUUUAGGGAGCGAAGAUUAUAAGACUGAAAAAUGCAACGUGUGGAAGGAGAGGACGAAAUGUUAUUUCGUCGAAUGACCAGCAAGACCACGAGGUGGUAGCGAACGAACAAAAUUGUUGGAAGUCUUCCCCUUUUCAUUUCUUCCAGAAGCUUGCAUGAGGCUGUGGCAACGAAGCAACGGUUUUUGCUUCUCUGUUGCCUCAACGAGAAUUUUGAUGAAAUUUCAUUAAUCUGCGGGCGGGCGAGGGCUAAAACGUACACAAUCUGGCGCGCCUUAUCUAUGGAUGGAAUUCACAACUAGAAGGGAAUUUUGUAUGCCUCUUGCUCCUCCCUUCUGGAGUUCUCUUUUAUUUUCAACGAGAAUGUUCCAGUUGCGUUAUCAACACACUCAGCGCUUUGCAAGUGAUAACCUUACCGCAGCGAGGCAACACAAAGAGAUCACAAACAUCAAUGACCAAGCGAGAUUCCAACUCGGGGCAACGAGAUCAAGGAGCUUACGGUCACCCAACUCGGCCAUCACGAUUUCACCAUUUCUCUACGAGUUCCUUCCGGAAUCAUGAAAGGAAUCUUUUGGAUCAGAAAAAUUAAGCUUUUUAUCCGAAAAAUUAACCUCGUCCGCCCGAAACCCAGGAGCAGAUUCAGAGCUAAAUCAGCUUUAAAUUAAGACAAAAGUAUUAAAAAAUAAGUUCCCACAACAAUCACUGUAGAUAUUAAGUUCACUUUCUCCUGUUAUGAUAGUAUCACCCGUUUUUCAUGUUAUGGCACAUUUCGGACGUUUUUCUUCUGCAUUUAAUGUUGGUAAAGUCGAUGUUCAACGUUGUGAAAAAAAAACAGGCGAAUUAAAUGAGUACAAAGCCGAA